UUUUUCCAUUCAUCACCAAAAGUACAUUUACAAUGUCGACAUCGACAGCUGCUGCAGUCGCUGCUGCAUCCACUCCAGCACAGCCUACAGGAGCUCAUCUUGGACAUACACCAUUGAACAUUGAUUCUCUUCGUGACUUGGCUCGCAAGGAACUUGUCAAUGUCCUCGACUCGGUACAAGGCAAGAAGGGUCUUGUGCUUGACCCAAAUCUUAGUGGACCUUUAAGUCUUAUUGCAGAGUUUGCUCUGUUGAAGGAUCAUGGCGUUGAGAAAAUAUACCAUCUUCAGCCAGGUCCAUUGGAAACAGAUUGCAAAAAUCUCAUCUAUAUCUGUCGGCCUCAAGUCAAUUAUAUGAAGUACAUUGCAGAGCAUAUCCAUACACACACGACAGAAUCUCGUUCAGGAGCAUAUACAUAUUCACUUUUCUUUGUUCCGAGGCGGACGGCGUUAUGUGAGAAAGUAUUAGAGGAUGAAGGUGUAUUUGGAGAAAUUACUAAAGGAGAAUACCAUCUGGAUCUGAUUCCUUUGGAGGAUGAUCUCUUGAGUUUGGAAUGGGAUUCAACUUUUAGAGAAUUGUAUCUGGACAAGGACACGACCUCGAUCUAUUAUGCAGCCAAGGCAUUGAUGCGACUUCAAGGGAUUUAUGGAUGGUUUCCACGGAUUUUGGGCAAGGGUGAACAUUCCAAAGCAUUAUGUGAUAUGAUGUUACGGAUGAGACGAGAGAUGGCUGUGGAUGACUUGGAGGCUUCACAAACCACUCAAAUGUCUCAGAAUAUUGAUUCUCUCAUUAUAUUGGAUCGGGAUGUUGACCUAGUCACACCACUUUGUACACAAUUAACUUAUGAGGGUCUCAUUGACGAGAUCUUCCAUAUCAAGAAUUCUUUUGUAGAAGUUGACGCUGCGCUUGCUAGUGCGACGCCUGCGCAAUCAGGACCAGGAGGAGCAGGGUCUUCAAGUUCAGCAACUGUCACUGGAAAGAAGAAGAAGGUUCCACUCAACGGAGGUGACAAAUUAUUUGGAGAGCUUCGGGAUCUCAAUUUCGCAGUCGUAGGUGGAUUGUUGAACAAAGUCGCCAAGCGCAUCAAUGCAGACUAUGAACAAAGGCACAACGCCAAGACUGUCCCACAAAUCCGUGAUUUCAUUAAUAAAAUGGGUGGACUUGCUCAAGAACAUCAAUCGCUUCGUCUUCAUACAUCACUCGCAGAACAAAUUAUGGAUUACACAAUGACAGAUGAUUUCAACAGGAUCCUUGAAGUCCAGCAGAAUGUUGUGGCAGGAAUCGCAACUACCAAAGAGCCUGAUUAUAUUGAAGAAAUGAUUAACAAGCAAGUCCCGAUUGUUCAAGUUCUUCGGUUGUUAUGUCUUUACUCCCUUGUUAACAACGGGCUCAAACCAAAACAAUAUGAAUCCUUUAAAAAGGAUAUUUUGGAGGCCUAUGGUUUCGAACACAUUCAAACCUUGGAGAAUUUACGAAAACUGGGCAUGUUGACUAAGCAGGUGACGACUAAGAAUACAUAUGCUCUCGUUCGAAAGAGUUUAUCGUUGAUUGUGGACGAAGUCAAUGAGCAUGCACCCAAUGAUAUUUCAUAUGUGUAUUCGGGAUAUGCACCGCUGAGCGUAAGACUUAUUCAGUGCGUAGUACAACGUGGAAAGGAUCCAAAGACGCUUGGAGGGGGUGGUGGUGGCAAAUCUUCAGGUGUAGCGGGUGGACAUGGAUGGAGGGGAUUUGAAGAUGUGCUCCGGAUGCUUCCAGGACGAACAUUUGAUGAGAAGCAACGAGUCGAUGACGGGCAGCCCAUGUCUUCAAGGCGGAUGAAUGGCCAACCACGCAUCUCAUUAGUAUUCUUCCUUGGGGGAUGUACGUUCACAGAGGUAUCUGCGACUCGAUUCCUUGCAUCUCAAGAGAGUGGGCUACGUGAUUUUGUAAUUUGCACAACACAGAUUCUGAAUGGCAAUACCCUAGUAGACUCACUGGUUCAAAAAGUCCCGGACCUGCAAACCAAUGCAUAGAUUUGUUUUUGUUUACCCAUUCAGUAUCAUAUGAGAAGGAAGAGGCGCUAGGGGAGGCGUUAGGGGGCGAUAGGAGGGAAGAGAAGAAAUCAGGCACGACUUGUUCUGUACCUUGAAAAUAAAAUAAAGUAUAAUAAAAUAGAG